UCCUUAACAGAGAAGGCAGAGCAAAUGAGAGCAACUCAAAAAAGCUGCAGAUCGGUGCCCAUGACGAUCAUGGAAGAUUAUGAAUGCAGAAGCUGAGGCCAAAACGGCUUGUUUUUUGGUCUUUUCCAUUUUCUAUUUUAUCCGGAUUACCAUGCACUCGUGCAGGCAUCAAAUCCGACUUCAAAAUUCAGUCCCAUCUCCCUUUCUCUUUCUCUGUUCUCUGUCACAGCACCACUUUUUUUGCCUAUCCUUUAACUUGGUACUUGGGCUUUAUGAUUGGAGAAUAAUUAAUGUACGGACAAACAAGGAACUAUUGUUAUUAUUACCAACAACAACAACAACAAAAAUUACAAAGAUUUUGAUCAGCAAUUUUUUUGUUUGCGUAAUUGGGUUUUUGUUUUCUCUCAUCGUCACCCAUGUUCACAGCUGAUGCUGAUGUUGUUGAUCUCUCUCUGUCUCUCUCUCAUCUGACUUCAAAUCCAAAGUUCCCAGCUUUCACUCCGAAACUCAUAAACCCCAUUAACCUAACAGCUCAUAUUAACUCAUUUCUGCUCUGUUCUUGUUUCGAUGGAAUUCAAAGCCGGAGUCUCGGACUCAAACGACGUCGUUAGCAACAGCAAUUGCUACAGCAACUCCAACAGCAGCACCAUCUCCUGUAUAGCAUUAUCCCACUACCCUUCGCCUCCCGAUAUCUCGGCCCUCACCCGCCUCUCGGAUAACCUCGAAUCAAUCCUCGACUCGGCCGAUUUUGACUUCUUCGCCGACGCCAAAAUCGUCGUCAAUACCGGCCGAGAAGUUCCGGUUCACCGCUGUAUUUUAUCGGCGAGGAGCUCGUUUUUCAAGAACGUGUUUUCUGCCAAAGACAUAGGAUCAGGCUCAGCCGUUCGCUUCGAAUUGAAGGAACUCGCCAAGGAAUACGACGUCGGAUUGGACUCCCUCCUCGCCGUUUUGGGUUAUUUGUAUAGCGGCAAGCUCAGGUCGUUGCCUAAAGGCGUUUGUGUCUGUGUGGAUGACGCUUGUGCCCAUGUCUCUUGUAGACCCGUCGUUGAUUUCAUUGUGGAGGUUCUCUAUGCUUCUGCAACUUUUCAAAUCUCUGAAUUGGUCUCUCUUUAUCAGAGGCAUCUGCUAGAUAUUCUUGAGAAAGUUUGCAUAGAUGACAUACUGGUGGUUCUGUAUGUUGCAAACAUGUGCGGCGAAGCGUGUGGGAGAUUGGUGGGGAGGUGUGUUGAGAUAAUAGUUAAGUCUGAUGCUGAUGUUGUAACUCUUGAGAAAUCCCUGCCCGAACACACCGUGAAGCUGAUCACUGAUUCGCGGUUGGCACUUGGCUUGGACAGGCCUCAAUGCAACACCAGUGUUAGUCAUUUUCCAGAUAAACACACCAAGAGGAUACACAGGGCUUUGGAUUCAGAUGAUGUUGAAUUGGUACGAAUGCUGUUGAAAGAGGCGCAUGCCAAUCUUGAUGAUGCCCAUGCCCUGCAUUAUGCUGUGGCAUACUGUGAUGCAAAGACCACGACAGAGUUGCUUGAUCUUGGACUUGCUGACGUUAAUUGCAGGAAUCCGAGGGGGUAUACUGUGCUGCACGUUGCAGCGAUGAGGAAGGAGCCUAAGAUCAUUGUGUCCCUUCUCACAAAGGGUGCUCGCCCAUCGGAUCUAACGUUGGAUGGGAGAAAAGCUGUUCAGAUCACUAAGCGCCUCACAAAGGCUGCAGAUUUUUUUAAGUCUAAUGAUGAGGGCAAGUCUUCUUCCAAUGAUCGCUUGUGCAUAGAGAUUUUGGAGCAAGCUGAAAGAAGGGAUCCGUUGCUUGGAGAAGCUUCUCUUUCACUUGCCAUGGCUGGCGAUGAUCUGCGUAUGAAACUCUUGUACCUUGAGAAUAGAGUUGGACUUGCAAAAUAUCUGUUCCCCAUGGAAGCAAAGGUUGUAAUGGAUAUUUCCCAAAUUGAUGGCGCUUCUGAGUUUCCAAUAGGUGGCAUCAGCUCCAAGGAUCUGGCCAGUUCCCAGAGAACCACUGUUGACUUAAACGAGGCACCCUUCAAAAUCAAGGAAGAGCACCUUCUCAGGCUACAAGCUCUAUCUCGAACUGUGGAACUCGGGAAACGCUUCUUUCCUCGUUGCUCAGAAGUACUGAAUAAAAUCAUGGAUGGUGAUGACAUAUCACAGCUUGCAUACACCGGGGACGAUACUCCACAGUUACGGCUCUCGAAGCAACGAAGGUACAUGGAGCUCCAAGAAGUGCUAAGCAAGGCAUUCAACGAGGACAAAGAGGAGUUUGAUCUGUCUGCAGUGUCUUCUUCUUCUUCCUCAACGUCAAUAGGAAUAGUGAGGUCUAAUGGAAAGCUCACCCUCAAUCAAUAAUAUAAUUUUCAUCAUUCUGUUAUGUUCAUUCUCACCUUCUCUUUCAUUUGUUUUCCUUUUUAAAUCAUAAUUCUGUAUUACAUAGAUUAUAGGAAGUUCAGUCGAAUUGCUUAGUCUCAUAGCGAUGAUUUCAUGCCUGUGUUCAGUCUACUGUGAAAUUUCUUUCAUGUUCUUGGUUAAUGUAAGAAUCAUCUUCUUGGUUUGUA